GUGAAACAAGACUUACGACAUUAGAUAUUGGUGGGAUUCCAUUGAACAAUAAAUCACAUUUACUUUCAUUAUACGCAUAUAUUCGAUCUCCAGCAUUUGCUAAAGUUAAAUACUUUAGCAUUGAUCAUUGUAAUUUAGAUGGUGAAGCAUUAGCUUUAAUACUUUCUUAUAUUACCACAUCACCAAAUUAUGAAAAUAUUAGAGUUUGGGCAGGAGGUAAUUUCAUAGCGAGAACACCUGCUAGUUGUAAAGAAUUUUGUUAUGCUGUGCGUAACGAUUGGACUCCUGUUUGGUUAUCAUUGGAAAAUUCUCUAAUAGGUUCAAAUGUAGAACAAGUGGUUGAAAUUCUAUCAUCAUUUUGUGAAAAUACUGUUAUAAAAUAUUUAGAUUUAUCAAAUCCUCAAUUUAUAUUUAAUGCUAAUGAAUCAUUUACUCAAAAUCCUCAAAUAAUGAUGACUAUUAAAACUGCUUGUGAUGUUCUUGGAAGACUGUUUAGAGAAAACAAAAAUAUUUUGGAAUUAAAUUUACAAGGUACCGCUGAUCGAAAAUGGGGUCCUUUUUUGGGUUCGCAACUAUCGGGAUUGGAGAAGAAUACUCAAUUGGAAAAGUUGAAUAUUGAAGGAAAUGCUAUUGGUGAUCAAGGCAUAAAAUCUUUAAGCGAAGCUUUAAAAGGAAAUGUAUCGCUUAAAAGUUUAAAAAUUGACCAAAAUGAGAUCGGAAUUGAAGGAUAUGUGUCCCUGCAUCAGGUUCUAAUAUCUCGUCAAAACACCACACUUCAAAGUCUCGGAUAUCCAUUUAAAGAUUUACAAACUCAUGAUGAAAAUUUGGAUGCUAAAUUACCAAUGUCACCAAUUUCUAAAACGAGUCAAAAAAAUGCUUUAGAAAAACAAAAAGUUAACUUCAAACAAAUAAUUGAUGAAAUUAUGUUUGCAAUUGAAGAAAAUUUGUAUAAAGUGUCAAAGACUGCAAUGCUUA